AUUGAAAUUGAUAAUUGUGUUGGAUAUAGAAUCCUUGGAUUAUUUCCAUUAAAUGUAAAAAGUCAUUUUAAAAUGUAUGAGAGAUUAAUGAAAGGUCUUGUUGAACGUGGUCAUCAGGUAGAUGUUAUUAGUUGUUUUCCACUUGAUACACCAAUAAAAAAUUAUACAGAUAUUGUCAUAGAUGAACUUGCUGCUGAACAUAUUGAUGAAUUUACCUAUGAUCUUCUUCCUGUAUAUAAUGGUUUAAAUCAGUUUAAAGUAAUUGCUACUAUGGUUGGAAACGACGUUUGUGAUGGUAUUGUAAAAAAUUCUAAAGUUCAAGAUAUCAUUAAUAAUCCACCGAAGAAUCCACCGUAUGAUUUAAUCAUCAUGGAAUUAGUUGCUGGUAAUUGUUUCAUGGCACUUGGACAUAAAUUAAAUAUACCAGUUAUUGCAGUAAGCUCGUCAUUUUGGCCAUGGACUUCAGCCAUAACACCACAAGAUGAAAUUAUUAAAAAAACAUUUGGUCCAAGUACACCUGGUCUGAUGGAAUUGGAAAAGCAAUUUGAUUUAUUUCUCCUUAACACACAUCCAUCAUUGGACGAUCCAAUACCAAGAGUACCAGGAUUGAUUGAAGUUGGUGGUCUGCAUGCUCUGAAUGAUGAUGGUCCUGAAUUAUCAGUGGCUGAUAAAAAAUGGCUAGAUGAGAGCACUGAUGGAUUUAUUUAUUUUACAUUUGGAUCAUUUGCCGUAACUGAAUCAUUUCCUUUGUCAACAAUUCAGGCAUUUUACAAAUCAUUUGCAAAACUUGCUCCAAUAAGAAUACUCAUGAAAGUUAAACAACCUGAAAGACUUCCACCAGGACUUCCAGACAAUGUUAAAAUUUUUACUUGGAUAUCACAACCUAAAGUACUAAAGCAUAAAAAUAUUCGUGCAUUUAUAACACAUGGUGGAUUAAUGGGAACUCAAGAAGCUGUUCUUUAUGGAGUACCAAUGAUUGGCGUACCACUUUUCUGUGAUCAAUUUACCAAUGUUGAUCUGUAUGUAAGGAAAAAUAUUGCGAUUCGGCUAGAACACAAAGAAAUAACUGAACAAAAAUUAGAUUUUGCCUUGAAAGAAAUUCUUAAAAAUCCCAUGUACAGAAACAAUGCAAAAAAAUUGGCUAUCAAAUUUAGAGAUCGUCCAUCAAGUCCACUUGAUACAGCAUGCUACUGGAUUGAAUAUAUUGGUAGACAUGGAAAAAAUGCACUGAGAUCACCAACUUUGGAUUUGGCUUGGUGGCAAGUUCAACUACUCGAUGUCUAUGCUGCAGUUUUAUUUGCCAUCACAAUUAUUUUAAUAAUCUCAACAUAA